AUGGCGCAAUCACCCAUCGUUCCCCCUCGUCCUGCGAGGUCGUCGGACAAAGAUAGUACCAGUGGCCUCAUGCCCAAGGUGCCCCCUCGUCCCAUCAACAGGCACAUCAAUCGGUCCGUUUCCCCUGGCCGCGAUCGAUUUGCACAAUCGCCACUCAUGCAAGGCAUUCCAUGUGGACCUUCGGAUAAAGAAACGAGCAAACAGUAUACUCAGAAGCAACACUCAGACGACCCAGUCGAGCGAGCCUGCAGCGUCGACAUGCCUUCAGUCGGCGAGGAGGAUGCUGGCCUGAUGCUUCACGCGCCGAAGCCGUCUCUGCCCGCUGCUUCCGCCAAGCAGCAAGUCAUGGCAGUGACCCGUACUGACUCGGACAGAGCGGCAUCUUUCGGCAUUGGCCAAGCCAGCAACUCUGAAGAGAGGACCGUUUCCCGCUCUUCCAACCGAAAGAGGCCGGAAAGUGCCUACUCGACCUACAGCGACCUGGGCAACCACACUGACGAGGAACACGGCAUCCCCGAAAUCGGCCAGCGAGUUCCGAUGAAUAAACACCUCGGAGAUGUGCAAGCUCCCUCCCCAGGCCCGGGUAGCGAUGCUUCCAAAAGGCAUCAUAGCCGAAAGCCCAGUUCCCGCAGCUUGCCGCCCGGGAGCUACGGCCUCCACGGACACGGAGUGGCACCACAAGAUAAACUCGACAAGGCCUACUAUCAGAAGCACCCGGAGGCACUUCAGCGAGACCAGCAUACUCCACAUCACGAUCGCCAAAACAACUACGCCAUGAGUAGUACCGAUCUCAACAAACUCGUCAGAGACACAGCUGGUCGCCAUGCUGCUACCAGCUCAACCGAAAUCCGCGGCACGCCAACAGAUGAUGUUGCCUUCGAAGCCAGCGAGAAAUAUGCAUCACGUAUUUCGGCUUCGCGACCAAUGUCUGUUGAACCAAAUGUUGAAGCUACGCAACAGCAAGCAAACGAGGAUAAAUGUAUUCAUGUUGAUGAUGACAAGAAUCCCGAGUUUUACCACUACGGCGAAACCAAAGACAACGAAGACACCGAGGAUUACCAUGCACCUAUUCUGGCCUCGGAUGAGGUGAACAAGGACCCCAGUCCUCACGUUCACCAUCCGGCCAUCCGGCCUCAUUUAGAACGCCGCGGAAGUUCGUUCGAUGCGGAGGACUCCUCCAGCAGGCCGACGAGUCGCCCGCGAGCUCAACGCCACCAUUCUAAUCAGAAAGAGGUCAAGCACACUCCACUAGAAGACGUGGAGGAAUAUGACCCCCUCUUCCCCGAGGACGGGAAGGAAGCGAAUGUCAAGAUACACGAGCCGGUGGAAGAGCAUUAUGAGCGCCAUCACUUCCCAAGCAAGGACGUUUGGGAGGAUGCUCCCAACAGCGUCCACUACACUGCGGAGGUAUCAACACCUGAAGUUUCCGAGCCAGAGCCACGACGCCCAUCAACCCACCACGCCGACCGCCCCAUCACUCCUGCUCAAGCAUUUGCUCUUUACCAAGAAGAACUUGCGGAAAAGGACGCCAAAAGCCGAACAAGUUCCUUUCUGCCGUUGCAAGACCCAAAGCCGACCUGGGUUAGUCGCCAGCCACACUUGCAAAGUGAGAGGCCUGCUUCUAGCAGCAAUAGCAAGCGCUUCCCCAGUCGCGACAUCUGGGAAGACACCCCCGAGAGUCACAUCCACGAAGCCGAGAUCUCUUCGUCGCCCGUGGAGCAGGCGAAGCCCGAAAUCCCUGCUCGACCCGCCAAGAAGCCUUCAUUAUCGCCCGAACGAUCUACGGCGAGACGAGAUAGUGCCGAGGAUGGCGCGAGGAUGAGGCCGCCCGUCUCCGACAAGCCAAAGCCCUCUAUUCAAACUCGAUCGUCCAACAAUUCGCCAGGAGAAGCAAACGAAGGUCUUCAAACAAAGCCAAAACCGCCGGUUCCCAACCGCCCCGUUGGUGGCAAGAUUGCGGUUUUGCAAGCGGGCUUCAUGAACGACCUAAACAAGCGGCUCCAACUAGGCCCGCAAGCUGUCAAGAAAGAUGACUCGCCCAAAGAUGAGGAGUCUGCAGAAGGAAAAGAAAAGACGCCGCUGUCUGAUGCCCGGAAGAGCCGAGCUCGCGGGCCCCAGCGCCGAGCUCCUGUCAAGGGUCCUGUUGCUGCCGCUCCGUCGGAACAUGCCAGCACUGCACAGAUAUUAUCGUUUGCAAUGCCGAAAACCAUCUGGUCUGUUGAUCCGGAACUUGGAGACUUGAGGUUCUCAAGUCAUGACGAGCAGACCGCCAAGGAGGAUGUUGAUUCACACGAACCUUGUUCGGAUUUGAAGCCUGCCGCUUCGCAUGUCCUUGGAGGUGAAACCUCUAGCCUUGAAGAAGCAGUUUCGGGAGAGGCUACUCCGUUGACGAGUAAGCCGGCCGUACGUCCCCAAGAGCUGACUAGCAGCCCGGCAGGACAGGAAGGGGUGGUGAGUGACGCCGAGCCACACCGCAAGGAAGAGCUGAGUCUUGUUUCCAAUACAGCUGGCGAGAGUAUACUCGAAGCCACAGUACAGGAAAACGAUGAGAGAGUAGAACCGGUAGAGAUACACGAACAUGUGAAGGCUUAG